UACAUUUUCAUUUCUCAACAUCAAAUAAACACACACACACACACACAUAGUUAUAUACUUAUAUAUGCACCAUCAAAGAUAGUGCCCCAGGAACCCCACAAACAAACCUUUUAUAGUUUUGAUCGAUUUUUCUACCUAUAAUUAGAUUCAAAAUAAAAAAAAACUAUAGCCUUAAUUAGUUACACCCAAUUACCAUUUGCACUAGUACUCUUGUCUUGUGUACACACAUACUUCCUCUUUCAUUAGAGCUUAAUUUGCACAACUAUAUAUACAUGAUGAAUAGCUUUGACCCCCAAAGAUGGCAACAAGAUCAUAGAAGACACAAAAAUAUCAUAGGUGCAUCAUCAUCAUCUUCAAAUAAUUCUUCUAAUAUGGGAAAGUACAAUAAACUUAUGUUUGAGGAUGAUGAUCUUGUGUCCACUGUAGUUCCUGCUGUUACAGUUGUGUUGGAGGGUCGUUCGAUCGGCCAACGCAUCAGCCUUCAUAACCAUGGUAGUUACCAAAGUUUCGCCAAGGCUCUCCGCCAUAUGUUUGUCGACUGCACGGACGAUGACCGCGCCAAUGAUCAUCUUGAUCUCUCUAAUGCCAUUCCUGGUCAUCUUAUUGCCUAUGAAGACAUGGAGAAUGAUCUUCUUCUUGCUGGUGAUCUUACCUGGAAAGAUUUUGUACGUGUGGCAAAGAGAAUAAGGAUACUUCCGGCAAAGGGGAACUCAAGGAAAGGUACAACAAGUACAAGAGAGGCAUAAGCUAUGCUAACACAUCAAAACCUGAAAGCUAGAUGCACGGUUAAUCAUAAUAAUUUUUGGGAUGUUAAUUUAUUUUUUACUUUAUGAAAUAGUACCGGAUGAAGUUAAAUCAAAAUAAAUUGGUUUUAUUAUAUGAGAAUGCUAGCAAGAAAUGCUGGUUAAUUAAUCCAAUUGAAAGUACAUGUAAAUCUAUGUUUUGCUUUGUAUGAAUAAAAGAACGCAUUAUCCACCAA